GCAGCACACCGCUUGGGGAGCUCAGUAUUUCCAAAGCAGCCGUGGAGAUCAGAGCAAAGAGAGAUGCUCCAGUGAGCUGAUUCUACAAACAAGGGGAUUUCUGAAAAGAGACUAGCUGGUUUUUAUUUAAAAGCUUUUUUUCCCCCCAUAGGAUUAGAGUCAAAAUUAUUAUUUUUUCUUUCUCGGGGAAACCGUUUUGAUAGCUUUUAAAAUGUUUUCUUUAUAUAUCUCCUGAUUUAACUUCAAAUUGUGUAUGUGAGACAUUUUAUAUGUUUCUUUCAUUAUUUUAUCUGAGAAUCUUUUUCUGAAACAGAAGAAUUUUUAGACCUUUUUUCUCUCUUUUCUAAUUUUUUUUCAACAGAUUUUUGCUGAGUUUUUGAAAAUCCCAAAUGAUAAAAUUGCUGAAUUACUACUGCAAACUAAAGAGAGAAUAAAGCUAUGGUAUAGGAUUGAAGAUUUAUUCAUUUUCUAUCAAAGAGAAAAACAAACUUCAUUCUGAAACAGAAUCAUUAGUGCUUUCUAAUUUGGACUGUUUGAAAAUGCAUUUCUUUUUUUCAAAAAAGUAAUCAAACUUUUUUCCAUUUCCCAAAAGAAAGUGGAUUCUUAAAAGUCGAUCCAUAUUGAAUUAUUCGUAUUGCUAUUGGGAGGGGGAACAGAUGUCUUAAAAGAAGGAUUUGGAAUUCCAAAAAGAUUCAGAGAAUUCCAGAACUAUUCAGAAUUUGGGGAUUCGGAAUUCUGUAUUGUCCGUCAAAAAUAAAUAAAUCUGGGACUCUCAAAAUGGACUCUUCCUUUACCGCAAAAAUCUGGACUUACCUCCUAGUGGCUAAUUUGCUAUCGUUCUGGACUCUGGUCACAUUGACUCGCAACUCUAAGGACCUAGAAAUGGACCUGGACGUUCUAUCCAAUCAGACGCUAGCUCCGGAGUACUCCGAGGUCACCCUAGCAACCCCUGGCAGCAGCAACGACCCCACAGUCAUGCCCCUUGGCAGCCGCUGUCGCGGUUACUACGAUGUCAUGGGCCAAUGGGACCCUCCAUUUAACUGCAACCUGGGUGUUUACUUGUUCUGCUGUGGGACUUGUGGCUACCGGUUCUGCUGUCAGUAUAGUCCCAAUCGCUUGGAUCAAACAGCCUGUUCUAACUACGACACCCCCAACUGGGCUAAUACCGGCAAACCCCCAACGCCAGCGAAUGAGAUCCAUGAGGAACAGGAUAAAGACAAGACCAACAUGAUCGUUUAUAUCAUCUGUGGAGUGGUCGCUGUGAUGGUGCUGGUGGGGAUUUUUACUAGACUGGGUCUGGAGAAGGUGCAGGGACCCCAGACUGACCUGAACACAACCAGGGCUCUGACGGAUCUUCUCAAGCAGCCUGGGACAGUGACUGUGGACCAGAUAGGACUGGAGAGAACUGUGGCCUGUGUCCAGGUUCCUAUGGGAGGCAAUGGAAUGACGGGAGUGUCUGAGAGAACAAUGCCGAACAGCGUAGAUCACGGGCAUUUAAACAACGCAAAUCUGGGAUUGAUGAGGGCGCAUAAUAACCUCACCACUUCCAUAUCAAUUCCUGGGUCGCCCUUUAACAGAUACACCUCACUCAAAGCAGUGGAAACGGCCGGCAGCCAAUACUACAAGCACUACCCAAUGGCAGCCCGGGCCCCUCAGCCCAAGCCACUCGGACUGCACCCCAAGGACAAGCCCCUCCUCCAGGCCCAAGACCUACACGCCCCAUUGGCUGCUGCGCUAAGCCCCUCCCCCCAGCCCAAGUCCAAGGUUUCCAAGGUGACACAUCCCCUGACCUCAAACUCCGCCUUCAAAGCCUGGGACACCACCCACAACCACCCGCAUCAGCAGCCCCGCCCCCAGCAUCAACAGCAGAACAGGCGUCAGGUGUUCAACCACAAACGUCAGUUCAGUAUUGAGAACCUGCCUGAGCUUUUUAACCAGCCCUUGGGGUACGGGCGCCCCCCAAUGCAGCCUGCCAAGAGACAAUUCUCAACUAACAGCAAGACUGAAGUGACGGUCUAAACUACCAGUUAUAGCCCAGUUCAGUACAGUACAGUAAGUGCUGUGGUCUUCUCUGAAUUAACAGGCUGCAAAUGUGUGUCUGUGAACUUGUAAUCUAAUGUAACUGCUAGAGCCACACUCACUGACUCCCAGUCCCUCCUCACCUCCACUAGAUCCACACUGCUUCCCUCCCUCCCAGUCCCUCCUCAGCAUUACUACAGCCACACUGCUUCCCUCCCGUCCCUCUUCAGCUGUAACCACUAGAGCCACACUGCUUCCCUCCCAGUCCCUCUUCAGCUGUAACCACUAGAGCCACACUGCUUCCCUCACAGUCCCUCUUCAGCUGUAACCACUAGAGCCACUCUGUAAAAUCAGUCUUUAGCUGGCUAUGAUCUUGUCUGGAGAAUCCUAAGUGCCAGGCACUGACACUGUGACUUUUCAAUUAGCCCCACCCACUCUACAUUUAUACAGACAGACAGAGAGAGAGAGAGAUAGUGGGCGGGGCUGAAUUGAAAGAUCACAUGAUCUGAAUGGAAUGAACUCAAUAUUGGAGGAGCAAGAGAACCCAGAACUGCUCAGAAUGAUUGAACCAUCAAAUGCUCUAUAAAGUUCUGAACUAUUUCCUGUUGAGAUGACUGAAAGGAUUGGUUUAUUAACAGUCCAUUAAAUAGAAGUGAAUACAUAUUUACAACUUAGCAAAAUUAAAUUGAGGCGUGAAAAUGAUGCAAGUCAAGUCGUCCCCUUCAUUUGAUUUGAAAUGCGUUCUGCUUUUUUCUGUGUGGUUGAGUCUUGGAUCAAUGUAGAUGUUUGAGUGUUUCAAGUUCCAUUUAGAAAUGAGGCUAGGACGGUGGGCUAAUUCACCAGCCUCUCAUUCCUGCCUUUCACCUUCCUCUGGAGGACUGGGUUCCAAUCUGGGGGGCUAGGUGGCACAGACAGACAGACAGACAGACAGUGGAUACCACAGCAUUAAACAUCCCAAAAUAAGCAAACACCAGUCUCUGCUUGUAUUACGAGACAAUCGGGAUCUGAGAGCCAGCGAAUACAGAAGGGGUGACAUCCUGGCCUCGGUUCUCUGGCUUGGUUUUUGGUGGAUGCCAGGCAGUGCUGUGUGGCCUCUCCUGUGUAAUAUAUUUGCUAUGGCAGGGGGUGGCAGCACCAUUAGGUUGUCGAGGGCGCUGUGCGCAUAUUGGCCAGCCGGACCCGGGCACAGCUUAGUGCCGCCUUGCUGUGCUUCUCCGAGGACAUUGAAUGAAAUUCACUAAUCAGUGCGACUCGUCAAGCUGUCUGUGGAGCGAAUCUAAAUGAACAGCCUGCUGUCACUGAACUAACGUCUGUGAGCUUGUAAUGGAAUACUGUAACCACCAGACCACACUGCUUACCUCCCUCCCUCCCUCCCAGUCCCUCCUCAGCUCCACUAGAGCCACACUGCUUCCCUCCCUCCCAGUCCCUCCUCAGCUCCACCAGAGCCACAAUGCUUCCCUCCCUCCCAGUCCCUCCUCAGCUCCGCUAGAGCCACACUGUUUCCCUCCCUCCCAGUCCCUCCUCAGCUCUAACCACUAGAGCCACACUGCUUCCCUCCUCCUUCCCAGUCCCUCCUCAGCUCCACUAGAGCCACACUGCUUCCCUCCCAGUCCCUCCUCAGCUCCACCAGAGCCACACUGCUUCCCUCCCUCCUCAGCUUCACUAGAGCCACACUGCUUCCCUCCCUCCCAGUCCCUCCUCAGCUCUAACCACUAGAGCCACACUGCUUCCCUCCUCCUUCCCAGUCCCUCCUCAGCUCCACUAGAGCCACACUGCUUCCCUCCCAGUCCCUCCUCAGCUCCACCAGAGCCACACUGCUUCCCUCCCUCCCAGUCCCUCCUCAGCUCCACUAGAGCCACAUUGCUUCACUCUGUCCCUCUGCAAUGGCAAUUUCAGCCGUUCAUUUCGCUCUUGUGUUUUGCUUAGUGUAGAAAGGCACUGCGGGCUACAUGCGUUGCUUCAUCGGUCUUUGUAGAUAAAGCUUGGCACUUUUGGUUCAAGCGAUUGUCGUGGCAACCACUGUAAAUAUCCCCCCCCCCCAACACCACGAGUCGAGAACAAUCAGCGACUGACAAUCCUGCCAUUGUGAGGUACUGUAUGUUUUGUGAUGUGAAUUACACUCAGCUCCACUAUCUGUCUGUGCCACCUAGCCCCCCAGAUUGGAACCCAGGCUUCCAGAGGGAGAUGAAAGGCAGGAAUGGGAGG